AUGGAAGACGAUUACUUUUCUGUAGAGUCCAUUCUUUCCGAGAACCAGAAGAUCCAGUGUACCUUCAAAAUCGACAUUCCUGAUAUGGGUCACCUUGACGGAGGAAACGAGCGCGACAUUAAGGCUCUCAGCAAGAUUCAAGUUCCAAUGUGGAUAGCGUACAUCCUCAUUUAUUCUGACUAUGCUGACUUUACAAUUCCUCCGCCAUUCGCUGCACGCGUACGUAAUGCCCUCAACGCAGAAGCGCGUAGCGUGCGGUUGUCGAGCCUCGUCGGACAAGGCGGAUUGUGGUACGGCUUCGGACGGAUGAUCAUGCGACUUUUGAACGACGCGCCUGCUCAGGAAAUCUCAGAUAUCCUGGUAAAGGCAUUUCGUGCCCGCCUCCCAGAGAUUAUCGACCAGGCGCAGCACUUUGCCUCGGUUCACGCGGCCGCAGCGUCAGGCUCAGGCGGUGGGGGAAACGGCUUGGGGAGCGACGAAGCCACCAUGGCCUUUCGCGAAGGGCUUGACGGAACUGAGCGCGAACUCUUCGUGUUGGCGCAGGAGAGCGCGCGAAGACAGAAGCGAUGGUAUGACUCGAGUGAACGAAGCCGACGCUAG